AUGAAGAGGAUUGCUGUUGUAAUUUUGAGUAUUUUAUCUCUGGGACAGUGUGCUCCUUUGGACAACUGUGAGACUUUGUUGACACCCAAAUCUAUCAGCCGCGAUGAAAUGCUGGGUAAAUGGAUGUACAUUGGUGGGACCUCUGAUCUCCCUGGAAGCCGGUCCUUAGUCCACCUACUAACCAGUGCCUGGAUUGACACUCGGCCCACGCCUCAGAGUAACAUUCUGGAGCUAAUCCAAGCUCAGAGAAUAUAUGGAAAAUGCACCACCUUAAAAUACAAUGUGACUUUUGAAAACAACAUACUUCUUAUUGAGCAUCCGUUUUACUUGAAAGAGGUGUAUCUUUCGACUGAAUGCGGCGAUUGUUUGGUUGCCUAUGAAACUGUGGAGACUGAUGAUGAUGCCUUUCAAAGUCUCCUUCUAUUCAGCAAGAGCAGAACAGUGCCCCCAGCUGCUGUGGAGAUGCUGAAGAAACAAGCUGCAUGUCUAAAGAUGCCCUCACUUCUAAUGAUCGAUCCAAACAAUGAAAUUUGCCCAGAGGAUCUAUCCCCUGUGGAAGGGCUACCAGCUCUUAAUAAAUAUCUGGAGGCAAAAACAGGACAUUAUGUUGCAAAAAUCUUGGACUCUAUUUUCGACUUUUUCAUAAACUAA